AUGGGCAACAAGCCGGCCGUUUUCACUCACGAGCAGCUGGAAGCGUAUCAGGACUGCACCUUCUUCACGAGGAAGGAGAUCAUGAGGCUCUUCUAUCGCUACCAGGACCUGGCCCCCCAGCUCGUCCCUCUGGACUACACCAGCAGCCCCGACGUGAAGGUGCCGUACGAGCUCAUCAGCAGCAUGCCUGAGCUGAAGGACAACCCCUUCCGCCAGCGCAUCGCGCAGGUCUUCUCCGAGGACGGGGACGGCCACAUGACCUUAAACAACUUCCUGGACAUGUUCUCCGUGAUGAGCGAAAUGGCCCCCCGCGACCUCAAAGCCUACUACGCUUUUAAGAUCUACGACUUUAACGACGACGACUACAUCUGCGCGUGGGACCUGGAGCAGACGGUGACCAAGCUGACGCGGGGCGAGCUGAGCGCCGAGGAGGUGAGCCUGGUGUGUGAGAAGGUGCUGGACGAGGCCGACGCGGACCACGACGGGCGGCUGUCCCUGGACGACUUCCAGCACGUGAUCCUGCGGGCGCCCGACUUCCUCAGCACCUUCCACAUCCGCAUCUGAGCGCGCCGAGGAGGAGGAGUGGCGGAGGCCCUCGCCCGCGGGAGGUCCCUCUCGCUCUGGGAAUAAACGCGGCGCUCGCACGCCUGCCAGGAGGACGUGUAUUCCAUAUUUAAAAAAAAUUAUUAUUA